AUGGCCAAAGACAGCAACGCCAGCAAAGGGUUGAACUCCGAAUACCCCCGGGAGAAGCUGCCCAAGGACCUUCAGAAGAUUGUUGACCGGCAGGAUGAUUGGAUGGACAAUCUCUAUGAGGGACAAGGUCCCGACUCGGUGGAGACCAACUACAGAUAUGCCGCCUAUGCACAGCGCCUAAGGACGAUCAUGCUCUCCGCGCAUCGAUACGUCGCAUACACCUCUGACAUUGGCGAGUCAUUUCGACCUAUAGCUCACCCAUAUAUGGUGCGAGGCGCCUACGCCGUCUCGUGGGCUUACCUGGUCGGUGAUGUGAGCCAUGAGGGAUGGAAGGCAUACCAGCGCAACCAGAGACUGCUAAAUCCGCACAACAACGAGCAUUAUGAUGCUACGACUAAGCAAGAGAUGCCUGGUGUGAAAGCACUGCCCACACAACAGCCUAUGCAUAUUCCGGCCAUCGAGGAUUAUCGAUCAAUCAUGGCUCAACGAGCCAUCUUCCAAGGCGUGGCUAGUAUGGGGCUGCCAGCUUUUACCAUUCACAGUGUGGUACGAUAUUCAGGGAGAGCUCUCAAGAACGCUGCCAAUACAACGCUCCGUACAUGGGGGCCUAUCGGUCUCGGCCUGGCGGUUGUGCCUGCCUUGCCGUAUAUGUUCGACGAGCCUGUUGAGAAAGCUGUCGAAUGGGGGUUCUACCAUGGAUUCAAAGCCAUAGGAGGGGAGAAGGCCGUCGGGAACCGUCCUGUGACCGGCAGAUCGCACGAACUUGUGAAGGAAACCCGUGUCGCCGAGGCCGUGAAAGAGAAGAAGUCGUGA